AUGUCAUUUGGAUUCACAGCAAUUCUAGUCUAUAUGGAUGACUUAGUGUUAGCAGGAGAUGACCUAAGUAAAAUUGAAUCAGUCAAGGGUGUUCUUCAUGACAGAUUUUGGAUCAAAGACAUGGGAGACUUGAAAUACUUUCUUGGUUUAGAAGUGACAAGAUCCAAGACAGGAAUUUCUCUGUAUCGAAGGAAAUAUGUCCUUGAUUUACUUAAAAAAAUAGUAUUUGAAGGUUGCAAACUUGUCACCACUCCCAUGGAUUACGUAGAAAAACUUAGUAAUGGUAUUGGAGAAUUGCUCACUGAUUCUAGUCAGUAUAGAAGGAUUAAAGGCAUGCUCUUAUAUCUAUUAAAUACUAGACCUGAUAUAAGCUAUGCCAUUGAGAAGCUACGCCAGUUUUUAGAUUGUGCUACUAAUGAACAUUUGAAGGCAAUGCAUAGAUUGGUGCGAUAUAUAAAGAGUUCUCGUGCUACAGGUCUAUUCUUCUCUGCAGAUUCUAAUUUACACCUUAUAGGUUUUUCUGAUUCUGAUUGGGUUUGUUGUGUUGACUCUAGAAGAUCAAUCUCUGCAUAUUGCUUUUAUCGAGGACCAUCAUUGGUCACUUGGAAGAGUAAGAAACAAUUAACAGUUGCAGCCUCCUCUUCAUAA